AUGCCCUACUCAUUUGACUGGGUUUGCAAGGACGUGGUCAAAAAACUUCAAGGGAAAGAUUUGUGUCCCGUCACCCGUCUGUCAGAUGCAAUGAAGUUCCGGCAGUUUGCGAUACUGCAGAGGACUCCUCAGUCCCUGUUUUGGAAAUCUGAAGAUACUCCAGUUGGAUAUUCCCUCCUGCAGAUCUUAGAGCCAAAUCUUCCAGUUCCAGAGCCCGAGGUGUCAGCUCCCAUCCCCCUCAAACACACUGUGUCCCAGAAACUGAAGGCUAACACGGGGGUCAAUGCCAUCGCAGAAGGAAGUGUGUCCGCAGCUUAUGCUAAGUCCUGUGGAUAUGAAAUUGAGGUUCAGUGUACCAGCAUCCCAGAUUCAAACCUGGAAAGUCUUCAAAACAGGAAACUUCUGGAUAAGGAGCCAUCAUUUGUGAAGGAUUGCCGGAUGGGAAGGAAGGACCUGUAUGUGGUGACGGAGGCCUUUGAAGUGACCAAAGACACUGUGCUGGAAGGCAGUAGCAGUGUAGACCUGUCAGGAAAAGCGCUCAUCCCCCAGGUUGCCAAGGCUCAAGCCCAGGGACAGUGGCAAAGGGAGACAACGGAUUCAGUGCCUAUCCAAAAGGGUGCAGUGGUGGCCUACAAGAAGAAGCAACUUGUCAUUGAGAAUGACACUUGUGUGCUGAGUGACACACAACUCAAGCUGCUGGCCCAGUCUAUGGAAAAGAGGCUCCUCCUCCAUCAACUAGAGCUGGUAAAGAGCAUCCUGCAGCCGAACUUCAAGUAUCCCUGGAACAUCCCCUUCACUCUCCAGCCUCAGCUUCUUGCUCCGCUCCAGGUGGCUUCUGAAAAUAUGGUUGUGCUGUAUUAUAAUAUGAGUCUUCCUGAGCUGACGGAGAGGGCACGCAUUGAAGCUAUCGAGAAGGUUAUGGGGAAAACCUGA